AUGGCUAAAAUGGAUCAUGAUUACCGAUUAAAUAUUGUUUUGGUAGGAGAUAAUCAAUGUGGAAAAUCUUUUUUAUUGAGUAGAUAUUGUGAUGGUAUGUUUGUAGAAAAUGGAAUACAACUUUGGCAUGGAAUUGAAAUUAAAAAUAAAAUUAUUGAAUUGAAAAAUCAAUCAACAAACGAAAUUGUCAAAGUGAAAUUAAUGAUAUUUGAUGGAAAUGGUGGGUGCAAAUUUAAAGAAUUAUUUUAUGAAAACUAUUUAAAACAUCAACAUGGUUUUAUAAUAAUGUAUGAUGUUACAAAUUUAGAAUCAUUUAAUAACCUAUCAAAUUGGAUUUCAAAAAUUAAAAAUUCAUAUCAAACUUCAAAUCUUUAUCCAUCACCUGAACCAAUACUAUUUAUUGUAGGAAAUAAAUGUGAUCUUAUAGAUGAUUCAAAGAUUACUACUAUUGUUGAUUUAAAAAAGCCUCAAGAAUUUUGUGACUCUUUAUCAAUACCAUCCAUUCAUAAUGUUUCUGUAAAAGAAAAUAUAAAUGUUGAUUUAAUAUUUCAAAAAUUAUCUCAAUUAAUUAUGGAUACUUAUCCUCCACCUAAAAUUUCUGAAAUAAAAAAAAUUAAAAAUGUUGAUAGUGGUGGUGAUUCUAUUAAUAAUUGUAUAAUAAAUUAA